GAGGGUUGGCGAUUUGGCGCUUCGCUUGGUGCCUUCACUGCCUACGUUGUCUUGCUACUCAAUUUUGGCUUGACCAUCUGGGGAGCUACAAAGACCAAAAACGGAGGCCACAUUUUCCAGGGGAAUUGCGUGACAGCACAGCGUCUGAAUACGGCAAUCCAUCUAACGAUCAACGUUUUGAGUACACUUCUCUUGGGCGCAAGCAACUACGCCAUGCAGUGCCUCUGUGCACCGACCCGGAGCGAGAUCGAAGCCGUGCACCAAAAAGGCCGAUGGAUGGAUAUUGGUGUACAAAGCAUACGCAACUUGAAAUCCCUCCACCCAUUCAAACUAUGUUUGUGGAUCUGCCUAGGCAUCUCGUCGGUGCCGCUCCAUCUCUUCUACAACUCCAUGUUCUAUCAGUCAACCUUGAACCACAACUACGAUCUCUAUUUCGCAUCCGAGGACUGGCUGAAUGGCGGCUGGUAUGCGUCCAACCUUCUUCCUUCCAGUCACAUUGGCCGCGAACUUACAAACACCUCCCGGAACUAUUCUGAGAUGACCUACGCGCAAUACCAAACGGAUCCUGGGUCAAUUCAAUCAACAGUGAUGCAUAACUCGUCCGCAUUCGAACGCUUAGAUAUUCAGACAUGCUUCGACACCUAUGCAAUGCCUUACAUAGUUGGCUACAGCAACCUUAUCCUUCUCUCCGAUCGUGCAUACGAGGACAAAAGAAUAUCCGAAUACGAUACGAUUGACCGAUACUGUUCUUCGGAAUCUCUCUACUCCUCCGAUCGUUAUGGCUGGAUGUGCGAUCACUGGCGGGUAGAAACAACAGGCUGCGACUACGGCACAGCCAAGACGAGGGCUGAUACGGGAAACUUAACGGUGUACGGCUUCAACAUAACGGGCUGCGUUGCUCAGAAGGCCGAUGAGCUCUGCAGUGUUAAUUUCAACCUCUCCAUUGGGAUUUUGGUAAUCAUUUUCAACUUUGGAAAGGCGGUUUGUAUCACUGCUAUCUGCAUCAUGACGCUAGAUCAGCCGCUCUUGACCAUCGGAGAUGCAAUAGCGUCUUUCAUGCGCACUCCCGAUGAUCGAAGCAAAGGAUACAGUCUUGCGUCAAGAAAAGAGUUCCGCCAGCGACAGAAUGCGCAGGUACUGCCAAAGCAGUACUCAUCCCAUCAACCUCGUCGCUGGGAAGCCGCUGGGAGAGCCAGCUGGCUUAACUUCUUCUGUUUUUACGGCAUAUCCAUUAUCACCGUCCUCAGCCUCCUAGCCUUUGCCAUCUACAAACUCAAUAAAAACUAUAACCAAGGCUCAGCGAGGAACCUUUGGGACUUGGGGAUGGGCAAAGUAUCCUCAUCAAACCUGAUCAACGACUGGGCGCUGCCAACAACGGGUACGUCAGCGGUGCUGGCCUCGGUGUUGGUGGCCAACACGCCACAAGCGCUGUUGUCGGGGCUGUACUUGACUCUCAACAACAUUGUGACGCGCAUGCUGCUGGCGGCCGAAUGGGCUAGCUUCUCCACUACCCGCAAGGGCUUGCGUGUCUCUCACGUCCGCCAUGGUGCUCAGCGCGCAAAGUACUUCCUGCAGGUUCCCUACCGCUGGAGCAUCCCUCUGAUGGUUCUUUCUGCCACGCUGCACUGGCUGGUUUCCGAAAGCGUUUUCCUGGCCAGCAUCGAUACGUUGGACCCCCGAGGCGAUCCAAGCGAGGAAGACUCCGUCACGACGUGCGGGUACUCGCCGCUGGCCAUGAUCUUCACCAUACUGGUGGGUGCGGUCGUGAUAAUCUUCGCUGUGUUUAUGGGUUUGCGGAAGCUGGAUCUCGGGAUGCCCGUUGUGGGGAGCUGUAGUCUGGGAAUUGCCGCUGCUUGUCAUCCGCCGAAGGAUGGCGCGGAUGAGGACAUGCCAUUGAUGUGGGGCGCGGUUCCAGAUGCGCUGCUUACAGACCCGGACCAGAAGAUUGAUGUAGAAGAUGAGGAGGUAGGGCAUUGUAGUUUUUCGAGUAGUACAGUUGAUCGGCCAGUCGAUGGGAAGUUGUACGCCUGA